UUUCGGCUAUUUGCGUUUCGUUGUUUGCAGCAGGUCGCCGGUAGAAGAGUGUAGUUCCAUUGCUGAAAUUAGUUUAUCAGAAAACAACUGAAGCAUGCAUUCGCUCCGGUUAACGCUGCCACGAAUUGUGCGCGCAAUACCUAGUUCCUCAGCGUUCCGAGCACCAUUAGGCGUAAUAUUGAGGCAAAACUCGUGCCUGCUGCAACAGCGGCAAGAUUCAGCAACAUCCAUGCGGAUGCUAUGUUCGAAAACAGCGCCACCCACCAGUGCUCAAGAGUCUGCCAAACACACCAAGGACGACAAUCUGGGCGACCGAGUGUACUACGGGAGUCUCACGCCACAAAUACGGGGUAAGGUGUUCUCGUUGGCCACCAGCAUAGGCGGCAUCGUUGCGCAACCGAUUUUGCUCGAACAAGCCAGCAAGGUAGGCGGUAUGCCGAUGAUAGUGGCCGUUUGCGGGUUUGCCGGAUUCUUCACCUUCGUCACACCGAUACUGCUGCACUUGGUCACAAAACGAUACAUUACCGAUCUGCACUACGAUCCUUCCAAGCAGCAGUAUACGGCCACAACGAUAACGUUUUUCCUUCAGCGGGAAAAGACGGCUUUUAAAAUUGAGGAUGUUACCGUGCCGGAAGUUGGUGGUUUGUUUACGACAUUUUUGGUGAAAAAUAAAGCCUUCUUUGUCGAUCCGCAGCUGUUUCCCGAUCCUACACAUUACAUCAAAAUAAUGGGUUACGACAAACCGAUCGAUUUCAAGUUUGAAGAAGCUCGACAAACGAGUAACAGCGAAGAAAAGGAAAAGCAACAUCGAUAAGAAUAAAUAUAUCGAAACUAGUGAUUAUUCAA